AUGGCGAAUGCGCCACCAGCAGCUGACACGCAACAACAGCCAUCGGGAUGGCUAGGAGGGUGGUUCAGUCGUAACCCCGUGCCAGCAGACCAGUCGGCCGGAGCUAGAGAUGCGCCCAUAGUGUCUUCACAAUCAGAGCCCGCCCCCGAUCCACCUACGCAAGUGGCCACGGCCAGUACUUCGGAAGUAGAAUCCCCUCCAAUCACAUCUAGUCAACAGCCUGCGGCCUCUUGGUUUAAUAUUUUUUGGUCUGCCAAAACCGAGCCAGAGGGGUGCAGCGAGGAGUCUACAAAGGCAGCAGAAGCCUCAACGCAACCUGCACCGGAGGAUGCGUCUGUGGAAGGCCCCGUUUUGAGUGAUCCUGAACCGGCCUCAAAGCCCUCAGCGGGCUCGACAUGGGCAUUCUGGUCGAGGGACGCGCCCAAAUCGCCUGGGCAACAGCCACCAGGUCCCGAGACUGGCGAGCUGGCUGUCGUAGGCGACCGAUCAGAGAGACGCCCGCUGAGGGCCAACUCAAAAGACAUGGGUGGAGAUGAGCAACUAAAGGAAGAGCCUUCGAGGGGCCAGUCGAUUAAGGCCAAGCAAAGCAAGGACAAGCUAAGCAAGAAGACCAAGAAGACUAAACCUCAGUCCUUGGAUCUCAACAAAACACCCUCUCGGCCUGUCACACCUCAAUCCGACGCUACCUCUACUAAGAUUGAGUCUCCGUCUAAAGGCAAGACCAAAACGCCCACGACUGCGACCAAAUCCGCUCCACCCAAUCUUCUCCUACCCUCCUUCAAAGAUACUUAUAGGAUGAAAGAAAGCCCCUCCAUAUUGAAGCAGAUCACAGCAUUACUCCUGAGGGCACAACAAGCACCAGCAAAGCAUGUGUUUCUCAAGAACGAAGCUCCCAGGAUCAGGAAGGCCAUCGCGAUUGGAGUACACGGACUGUUCCCGGCUACCUUUCUACGCCCCAUGAUUGGCCAACCCACGGGAACCUCGAUCAAGUUUGCAAACCAUUGUGCGGAAGGCAUUCGAAGAUGGGCAGAGAGCCAUGGCUGUGGAGACUGCGAGAUUGAGAAAGUCGCAUUGGAGGGAGAAGGGAAGAUCGAGGCGCGCGUCCAAAACUUGUGGACCCUGCUUCAGAAUUGGAUGGAUCAUAUCAGGCAAGCGGACCUCGUAGUGAUCGCUUGUCAUUCCCAAGGUGUACCCGUCUCGAUGAUGCUCUUAGAGAAACUGGUAGACUCCGGUGCUAUCGGCAAUGCCAAGGUUGGAGUUUGUGCCAUGGCCGGUGUCAGCCUUGGGCCAUUUGCCGAGUACAAGAGCAGCAUGGGUAUUCUCAUGGGUACUGCAGCGGAGCUGUGGGAAUUUGCGAACUCAGAGAGCGAAGUGUCGAGGAGAUACGAGGCAGCUCUAAAGAAAACAUUAGAGUACGGGGUGCGGAUCACGUAUGUGGGGAGCAUUGAUGACCAGCUGUCUGCCAUCUACUCACCGGCUAGUCAUCCGUACAUCUAUCGAGCUGUCUUUAUAGAUGGCAGAUUACACGCAUCAGAUUUCAUCACUCAUCUCGUCGGCUUCGCUUGCAAACUGCGCAACAUGGGCGUUUCCGAUCAUGGUCUCAUUCGCGAGCUGUCCAUACCGCUUGCAGGAAGCCUCUACGGGGGCGAGGGCCAUUCACGGCUCUACGACGACGACCAGGUAUACGAUCUUGCCAUCUCCCAUACCCUCGAGACAACGGACGCUGGCUCCGUACCCUGCGAGAUUGCAAGAUACGAAGGUCUUGCCCAACCGAAUCCUUACGUGCUACCGUGGAUCAUGCGAGGUCUACUGGAAGAGGACUUUGUCAAGACGGAGCUAAGUACAGAGACAGAUCAGCUUCUGAAGCGCUUUGACGACUGGAAGCCCACGACUAAGCCUCUCCAGAACGUCAAAUACCGACUGGAGGCUGUCAGAUCGAGGCUAUAG